ACCAAUUCCACCCAUUCUCGGGGAUAAUAUCUUAUAUCUCCCUACACAACACACACACCACACCCCUAAAAACAACCCCCCCAACAUCCAAAAUGGUCGACAUCCUCCCCCUCUCCAGCUACCCCUCCUACAUCGACCUCCUCCCCUCCAUCCAAACCUGCAACAUCACCAACCUGCCCGAGAACUACUUCCUCAAAUACUACCUCUACCACGCCCUCACCUGGCCCCAACUCUCCUUCGUGGCCGUCGUCCGUCCCAAGCAUGGCUACACCAAGCACACCACCCCCACCGGCAACAGCGCCGGCAGCGCCGCAGAACAAUACCCCAAGGUGGUGGGCUACGUGUUAGCAAAAAUGGAAGAGGAGCCGACGGAUGGAGUAGCCCAUGGACAUAUUACGUCGAUUAGUGUGAUGAGGACGCAUAGACGGUUGGGGAUUGCGGAGAGGUUGAUGAGGAUGAGUCAACGCGCCAUGGCCGAAUGCCACCGCGCACAAUACGUCUCCCUGCACGUCCGCGUGUCCAACACCGCCGCGUUACACCUCUACCGCGACACAUUAGGAUUCCAGGUCGAGAGCGUAGAGAGCAAGUACUACGCGGACGGGGAGGACGCGUACGCGAUGCGCAUGGACCUGUCGAAUAUGUUUAUUGAUUGGGCGGAGAUUGAGCGGAAGGAUCGGGAGCGGGCGGCGAGGGAUGAGAAGGAGGCGGAUGAGGGGGAUGAGGUGGGAGAGGUGGGGAAGAAGGAGACUGAUGGGGAGAAGGAGAAGGAGAGGAUGGUGAGGGUGAAGGUUGGACGGGGAUUGGGGGUGGGUGAUUUGGUAGAGAAGAAUGAGGCGCAGACGGCGUAGUAGUUCUUUUCGUUUUUCUAUUGUUUAUUGGGCACUGUUUUUGGAGGGGGAAGGAAGGUAUGGGGUUUUGUAUAGAUAUGGUUACGGUAGAGUAGAUCGUAUAUGAACUGAGUGUAUCGGCUAGUGGGUGUGAGCGUAAGGUUUUGGAUGAACAUCACUCAUGGAUGAUAGGCAUGCUAAUUACCUGUAUACAAGACGCCGGAUAAUGACAGUAAUACAUGAAACCCAAUCCAAUCUCACU